GUGGUUCCCUAAGUGAUCACAGAGCAAGCUGGUGCCAGAGCCUGGACCUAGAGUGCUGUUGGUGGGAAGCAGGAGGAGGGUCCUGCCUCCAGGAAUAGAUGGACAUGGCCUGGCAGAUGAUGCAGCUGCUGCUUCUGGCUUUGGUGACUGCUUCGAGGAGUGCCCAGCCCAGGAGUUCGCGGGCCAGGACGGACCUGCUCAACGUCUGCAUGAACGCCAAGCACCACAAGGCACAGCCCAGUCCCGAGGACGAACUGUAUGGCCAGUGCAGUCCCUGGAAGAAGAAUGCCUGCUGCACGGCCAACACCAGCCAGGAGCUCAACUUUAAACUGUACAACUUUAACUGGGACCACUGUGGUAAGAUGGAGCCCGCCUGCAAGCGCCACUUUAUCCAGGAUGCCUGUCUCUAUGAGUGCUCACCCAACUUGGGGCCCUGGAUCUGGCAGGUCAACCAGAGCUGGCGCAAAGAGCGCAUCCUGAAUGUGCCCCUGUGCAAAGAGGACUGUGAGCGAUGGUGGGAGGACUGUCGCACCUCCUACACCUGCAAAAGCAACUGGCACAAAGGCUGGAAUUGGACCUCAGGGAUUAAUGAGUGUCCGGCCCGGGCCCUCUGCCGCACCUUUGAGUCCUACUUCCCCACUCCAGCCGCCCUUUGUGAAGGCCUCUGGAGCCACUCCUUCAAGGUCAGUAACUACAGUGGAGGGAGCGGCCGCUGCAUCCAGAUGUGGUUUGACUCAGCCCAGGGCAACGCCAAUGAGGAGGUGGCCAAGUUCUAUGCUGCGACCAUGAAUGCUGGGGCCCCGUCCCGUGGGAUUAUUGGUUCCUGAUCCAAGAAGGGUCCUCUGGGGUUCUUCCGACAACCUAUUCUACUAGACAAAUCCACAUGUG